CAUUGAGAGAAGGAGCCAGGGAGGCUGGGGCUUCUGGCAGAUGGAAGCACGCCCCGUGGGGCCGUGACCUGGGACUGGGUGUGCGGACUCCGGGCUUGGUCUUUCUGACGCUGAGUUGAUGUUGCUGGACCUGGCGGGCCGAGAGGCCCUGGAGCCAGCAGGGGCCAUCUGUAUGGAGAGGAGCGGUUGUAGCCCCUUCCCAGUGUGUUGGGCUAAAGAAUAUGACAGGUACCUAGCAUCUAGCAAAAUAAUGGCAGCUGCUUACCUGGACCCAAACUUGAAUCACACACCAAAUUCGAGUACCAAGACGCACCUGGGUGCCAGUGUGGAACGUUCCCCAGGAGCCAUGGAGCGAGUGCUAAAGGUCUUUCAUUAUUUUGAAAGCAACAGUGAGCCGACCACUUGGGCCAGUAUCAUUAGGCAUGGAGAUGCCACUGAUGUCAGGGGCAUCAUUCAGAAGAUAGUGGACAGUCACAAAGUAAAGCACGUGGCCUGCUACGGAUUUCGGCUCAGUCACCUGCGGUCGGAGGAGGUUCACUGGCUCCACUUGGACAUGGGCGUGUCCAGCGUGAGGGAGAAGUAUGAGCUCGCACACCCGCCAGAGGAGUGGAAAUAUGAAUUGAGAAUUCGUUAUUUGCCCAAAGGAUUUCUAAGCCAGUUUACUGAAGACAAGCCAACUUUGAACUUCUUCUAUCAACAGGUGAAGAGCGAUUACAUGCUAGCGAUAGCCGACCAAGUAGACCAGGACAUUGCUUUGAAGUUGGGGUGUCUAGAAAUACGGCGAUCAUACUGGGAGAUGCGGGGCAACGCACUAGAGAAGAAGUCUAACUAUGAAGUGCUAGAAAAAGAUGUUGGUUUGAAGCGGUUUUUUCCUAGGAGUUUACUGGAUUCUGUCAAGGCCAAAACACUAAGAAAACUGAUCCAACAGACCUUUAGACAGUUUGCCAACCUCAACAGAGAAGAGAGCAUUCUGAAGUUCUUCGAGAUCCUCUCCCCGGUGUACAGAUUUGACAAGGAAUGCUUCAAGUGUGCUCUCGGCUCAAGCUGGAUUAUUUCGGUGGAGCUGGCGAUCGGCCCUGAGGAAGGCAUCAGCUACCUCACAGACAAGGGCUGCAAUCCCACGCAUCUGGCCGACUUCAAUCAAGUGCAGACCAUCCAGUACUCAAGCAGCGACGACAAGGACAGGAAAGGGACGCUGCAGCUGAAGAUAGCGGGCGCGCCCGAGCCUCUGACAGUGACAGCACCGUCCCUGACCAUUGCCGAGAACAUGGCCGACCUGAUCGACGGUUACUGCCGGCUGGUGAACGGAGCCUCGCAGUCGUUCAUCAUCAGACCCCAGAAAGAAGGCGAACGGGCUUUGCCAUCAAUACCGAAGCUGGCCAACAGUGAGAAGCAGGGCGUGCGGACACACGCGGUCUCCGUGUCAGAUGAAAUUAGUGGGGACGAAACAGACGACUAUGCUGAGAUCAUAGAUGAAGAAGAUACCUACACCAUGCCCUCAAAAAGCUAUGGAAUAGAUGAAGCCAGGGAUUAUGAGAUUCAGAGAGAAAGAAUCGAGCUUGGUCGGUGCAUUGGAGAAGGCCAGUUCGGGGACGUGCACCAAGGCGUUUACGUGAGCCCCGAGAAUCCAGCUUUGGCGGUCGCAAUUAAAACGUGUAAAAACUGCACCUCCGACAGCGUCAGAGAGAAAUUCCUUCAAGAAGCCUUAACCAUGCGUCAGUUUGACCACCCUCACAUUGUGAAGCUGAUUGGCGUCAUCACAGAGAACCCUGUCUGGAUCAUCAUGGAGCUGUGCACGCUUGGAGAGCUGAGGUCAUUUUUGCAAGUCCGAAAGUACAGCUUGGAUCUGGCGGCUUUGAUCCUAUACGCCUACCAGUUGAGCACAGCUCUCGCGUACCUGGAGAGCAAGAGGUUUGUGCACAGGGACAUUGCUGCUCGGAAUGUUCUGGUGUCCUCAAAUGACUGCGUGAAACUCGGAGACUUUGGACUCUCCCGAUACAUGGAAGACAGUACUUACUACAAAGCUUCCAAAGGAAAAUUGCCUAUUAAAUGGAUGGCUCCAGAGUCCAUCAAUUUUCGACGUUUUACCUCAGCUAGUGAUGUAUGGAUGUUUGGUGUGUGUAUGUGGGAGAUACUGAUGCAUGGUGUGAAGCCUUUUCAAGGAGUGAAGAACAAUGAUGUGAUCGGGCGAAUUGAGAAUGGGGAGAGAUUGCCAAUGCCUCCAAAUUGCCCUCCCACCCUCUACAGCCUUAUGACGAAAUGCUGGGCCUAUGACCCCAGCAGGCGGCCCCGGUUCACUGAGCUCAAGGCUCAGCUCAGCACGAUCCUGGAGGAGGAGAAGGCUCAGCACGAGGAGCGCAUGAGGAUGGAGUCCAGAAGACAGGUCACCGUGUCCUGGGACUCCGGAGGGUCCGACGAAGCGCCGCCCAAGCCCAGCAGACCUGGUUAUCCUAGUCCGAGGUCCAGCGAAGGGUUUUAUCCCAGCCCACAGCACAUGGUGCAGACCAAUCAUUACCAGGUCUCCGGCUACCCUGGCUCGCAUGGGAUCACGGCCGUGGCAGGCAGCCUGUAUCCAGGGCAGGCGUCUCUUUUGGACCAAACAGAUUCAUGGAAUCACAGACCACAGGAGAUAUCGAUGUGGCAGCCCAGCAUGGAGGACCCUGCGGCGCUGGACCUGCGUGGGAUCGGGCAGGCGCUGCCGGCACACCUGAUGGAGGAGCGGCUGAUCCGGCAGCAGCAGGAGAUGGAGGAGGACCAGCGCUGGCUGGAGAAGGAGGAGAGGUUUCUGAAACCUGACGUGCGGCUCUCUCGCGGCAGCGUGGACAGGGAGGACGGGAGUCUCCAGGGCCCGACUGGAAACCAGCACAUUUAUCAGCCUGUGGGAAAACCAGAUCCUGCAGCUCCGCCAAAGAAGCCCCCGCGUCCUGGAGCUCCCGGCCACCUGGGCAGCCUCGCCAGCCUCAGCAGCCCCGGGGACAGUUACAACGAGGGCGUCAAGCCGUGGAGGCUUCAGCCCCAGGAGAUCAGCCCCCCGCCCACUGCCAACCUGGACCGCUCCAACGACAGGGUGUACGAGAACGUCACGGGCCUGGUGAAGGCCGUCAUCGAGAUGUCCAGCAAGAUCCAGCCAGCCCCGCCAGAAGAGUACGUGCCUAUGGUGAAGGAGGUCGGCCUGGCCCUGCGGACACUGUUGGCCACUGUGGAUGAGACCAUCCCCGGCCUGCCAGCCAGCACUCACCGCGAGAUCGAGAUGGCGCAGAAGCUGCUGAACUCCGACCUGGGCGAGCUCAUCAACAAGAUGAAGCUGGCCCAGCAGUACGUCCUGACCAGCCUGCAGCAGGAGUACAAGAAGCAGAUGCUGACGGCUGCUCACGCCCUGGCCGUGGACGCCAAGAACCUGCUGGACGUCAUCGACCAGGCCAGGCUGAAGAUGCUGGGGCAGCCGAGACCGCACUGAGCCGGCCCUGUGCUCUCAGACGUCUGUCCGCCCCCAGCAGCAGGGCCGGCCUCGGCCCAGCACUGACCGCACCAGCGCCUCGACUGACAGCAGGCUGAUCAUCUCUCCUAAAGUUUAACCACAUUUUGAUUUGGGUUUAUUUUUUUGUUUUGGUUUUCGAAUCAUGGUGUUCAGAAAAGUCUGGGAUCCAAAAUGUGGCAUUUUUCUGAGAAUGAAACUGAGAAGUUUUUAGGGAUCAUGAAGAGACUGUGGGGUCCGUCUCCAUGGGAGCAGCCGAACUCGCCGGGAAGUGAGAGGGUGGGGGAGACGCCUGGAGUCCGGGCCGAGCUCUCCCGGCCCCGCGUGGUGCCGGCGGCCCGCUGUCGCUGGCACACCCGUGGGCGCAGUGUGCCGCGCCACUCACAGAGGGGGGCCCGGACGCUCUGUCGUGAGGUCCUUUCAGAACCACAGCCCUCCCGUCUUCCUGCUUUUCCUUCACGUGUCGGGGAGGCCUCUGUGGGAAGCUGGCUAUGGAACACACGAAAACUGCCUUCACGGAAUAACGGGCCGGCUUUUGCAGCAGAGUUCUCGGGGAGCAGAGAUGCUUUGUGCCAGGGCACCCCAACCUGCAUUGAGAAGAGGUUCUGCAAGCACCCUGGUCCCACUUUUCUGUAGUUUAUGAAAAAGAUAAAAGCCAUGUCGACUGUUCUGCAGCCGCUGGGGCCGACUCACCUGACUGUCUGUCUUCCCAGCGGAGGGUCAGCGAGCCGAGACGGCUCUCUGCGGCCCAGGCCCCGCCGUCCCGUCCAGUGCUUUUGAGAGCUACACCCUCCCUUUAGUGUGUUGGGGGAUAUAAAUUAUUCUCAGGAAGAAUAUAAUGAACUGUACAGUUACUUUGACCUAUUAAAAAGGUGUUACCAGUAAAG